AUGUGUCCAGCAGAUUCAACUAUCAACCUCCUCAACUCCAACCUUACACCAUCCAAACCUUCAGACAACCCUCCCUCACCAAUCCCAACUAACCCAACUAGCAAUAGCAACAAAGCCGAUCCCUUGCCUCAAGUAAUACCACCUACAGAUUCUGAGGAAUCCUUGACCAGCUUGCUUGACCGUUUCCUGGAGCUCACACCUCACAAUCAAUCAGCAGCCUCUCAUUGCGAAGAGGUAGCAGCCGCUACUGCCUCCAUCAACAGUUUGUCCCCACUAUCUAAUGUACCGUCUGCCCCUUACCUGUCCCAUGCGCUAGAUUCUCCAACAAAUCAAUCUCUCAGCUUCCCCCUCUCCACUGCCCCUCAACCGCAACCUUGA